AUGACGACGGAGUACACGAUUGAGCUAAUCCAGCCUGACGAGGCAGGUGUCGCAUUCUUCCUGACAUAUUACAAAGCAUUUCGUCUAGAGGCAUUGCAGAAUGAUCCAUCUUUCUUUGGGUCAACCUAUGCUCGAGAAGCCCCUAUGCCAGAUGAAUUCUGGCGCAAUCGUGUGCUCAACCCGAGCGCAAAGACCUAUGUAGCGGUGGAUUUGGCAGAUAGAGGCAUUCUGUCUUCUGUAACAAUGGUACGCGAUGUACCUGUGCCACCGGAGCUCAGGACGCAUCUCGCCAACGGCACAGCACACGACGAGGGCGACAUGAUGCACUGGGCGGUGAAUGGCGUUUACACCGCCCCGAGAGCACGGAGACGGGGUAUUGCACGCGAGGUGAUGACUGCGGCGAUCAAGGGAACACGCGAUAUUUCCUCGUCGGAGGAGAGACCGUGCCUCAUCACAGUUUUAGUCAAGAAUGAUAACACCAGUGCCAGGGCCUUGUACGAGAAACUCGGGUUCGAGGUUACAGAAUGCAGCGAGGAGGAGGAUACAACGCGAUUAGUACUCUGGCCGGCUGACAAGAAAUGA